AAUGAGAGAAAGCGAGAGAGGGAGAGAGAGAAAGAUAGGUACAGAGUGAGAGGGACAGAGAGAGGUAGAAGUGUAGAAAGUAGGAGAGAGAGGAGACUGUAGCAGAGGUGAUCUUGCCCUCAUUAGUGUCAGGUCUACAGGAUGAUUAUGGGUUGAGAAGGAGAUGAUGGAGGGAAACAAAGUUCUUCAUUUCGUGCCAUCCGAGGCUCCCUCCUCAGGGAUAGCCAAGAAUGGAUACUUUUAUCAAGAGAUGGAGCAGAGGGAGCGAGAGGAACAGGAGGAGGGGAGCGAGGAGCGAGAGGAGGGCCAGGACUCUCCCAUCCCAUCAGGAGAUGACAUUCAUCUCUAUGGCAACCAGACACACCAUGGAGGGGCAGAAUCCGAUGUCCACGGCUGUGUUCUGCUUAACACAUCUCGAAGGUACGUGAAGCUGAUGAACUUUGAGGAAGAGGUGCGAGCUCAUAGAGAUCUGGACGGGUUUCUGGAGAGGGCCAGUAUUCUGCUGCACGAGGACGAGACAUCUCUGGACGAUGUGUUGAAGACAAUGCUCCGCCACGUCUCGCAGGACCCGCACACUGCCGAGCCUGCCUGCAACUUCGAGGAAAUCAUGAGCUCCCUAUUCACAGAUGCCGGGUCACAGGAGGUCAAUGACAGGUCGACGAAUUUCAUUUUCUAUGACAACGUGCAUCUAUUGUCAGAGACGCUGCAAUGUGUGACAGCCACAGCCACAGGGAUCCAGUACCAGCAGUCCUGGCUUUGCAUCCUCUGUAAUGUGAAGAACCUGCAGAGGCGGCACGUGUGUAUCUCUCGCCUGGAUCGUCCACAGAACUGGGGGGAAAAUUGCGCAGAAGUCCGCUAUGUUAUCCUCAUUCUGGCACCUUCUAAAAUGAAAAGCACUAAGACGGCCAUGGAGCUGGGCAGGACGUUCGCCAGCAUGUUCUCGGACAUCUCCUUCAGACAGAAGCUGCUAGAGAGUAAGACUCAGGAAGAGUUUAAAGAGGCACUGGUCAUCCAGAGGUACCACCUGACUGCUGCCAGGCGUAAAACCACGGCUGUGGAGGGCGAAGAAACAGACCCACACAGCCAAAAACCACUGAAGUCUGCAGAAUCUGUGUUCUCGCAACUUGUGUCUCUCUCUCUGCUGUGCAGGGGGCCCUGUUGUAGAGAUUUUUUCAGAGUGGGCAGAGGAAUCUAUGAGGAUCUGUGUCGUCGUCUGCCUCUCUACCCAUCUGACUUCACUGACGGAUUAGUAGGCAAUAACAAAGCCCUUGUGAAGUUUAUGACGACGUCCAUCUUCCUCUACAUUGCUGUGCUGCUUCCUGCCAUUGCUUUUGGCUCACUCAAUGAUGAGAGCACUCGGGGAGAGAUUGAUGUUCAUAAGACGAUCAUUGGGCAGAGUAUAGGUGGAAUAAUCUACUCAUUAUGUGCUGGAUCGCCUCUCGUCAUUCCAUUGACCACGGCACCCAUCGCUAUUUUCAUCAGUGUGAUUAGGGGGAUCUGUGAUGAUUAUGAGCUGGACUUUGCAGCAUUUUAUGCAUGUAUCGGUUUGUGGAACAGCCUCUUUCUCAUCAUGGGAGGAGUUUUCAACCUCAGCCUGCUUGUAAAGCUCUUCAAGAGGUCAAUAGAGGAGGUGAUAGCUUUGUUCAUUUCCAUUGCUUUUGUAGCAGAUGCAGUUAAAGGCACUGUCAAAAUCUUUCAUGAAUUCUACCAUGCUCCCACUCUGGCCAAUGGGAGUGCAGCAGAGUUGAGUCGCAUCAGUGGAAGUGUACAUUUAGGAGAACUUAACUUGACAGAGGCGAUGCCAGUUUCCCUCCCAGAAUCCUUCAUUCUGUGCACAAGGGCACGGCCACUUCUCUUUCUCCUCCUCAUGCUGGGCACACUGUGGGUGGGAUACACACUCUACCAGUUCAGGAAAAGUCCAUUUCUGCAUGUGAAGAUGAGAGAGAUUCUGUCCGACUGUGCUCUGCCUAUCUCAGUGCUUGUCUUCUCUUAUGUGGGAUCAUACGUCUUCAACGACAUUGCCUUGCCGGUGUUUAACUUCUAUAAAGGUCCAGUGUUUCAAGUAGCCCCAUUGGAAAAGCUGACUGGAGCGAGUGUCCUGAGUGCAAUGGGUCUGGGCUUCCUCCUGUUUCUUCUCAUCUUCAUCGACCAGAACAUUGUGGUGUCGCUUACAAAUGCACCUGAGAACAGGUUACUGAAGGGCACAGCAUAUCACUGGGACCUGACUCUGUCUGGCUUGAUUAAUAUUUUGAUGUCUGUGCUGGGCUUGCCGUGGAUGCAUGCUGCUUUCCCUCACUCCACUUUGCAUGUCAGACAGCUGGCCAUCGUGGAAGAGCGGGUGGAAGGAGGACACCUCUAUGAAACUAUAGUGAGUGUGAAGGAGACACGGGUGACCUCGCUUGUGGCAAACAUCCUGAUAGGUGUGAGCGUAUUUCUGCUGCCAGUGCCGCUGCAGUGGAUUCCUAAGCCUGUGCUCUAUGGGCUCUUCCUCUACAUUGCUCUCACCUCCAUUGACGGCAAUCAAAUGUGUGACCGUAUGGCUCUGUUACUCAAAGAACAAACGUCCUACCCUCCUACUCACUACAUCCGUAAGGUGCCACAGAGGAAGAUUCAUUACUUCACUUUCCUUCAGAUGGUGCAGCUGCUUUUCCUGUGUGCAUUUGGGAUGUACCCUCUCCCGUAUAUGAAGAUGAUCUUUCCUCUGCUAAUGUUUAUCCUCAUACCCAUCAGGAAUUGCCUACUGCCCAGGAUCAUUGAGGCAAAGUACCUGGACAUUAUGGAUGCACAGCGCAUGUAACCACAUGCACACUGAGCCUCUGAGCAAAGGAUCUGGGAAUUGUAUUUCUGAAAUGCAAAACUCUGGGAGGAAAGGAUUCUAGUGUUUAACAGCAGGUGUUCUGGUGAAGCACUGAACAAGUAAGAAAGAGAAUGAGUGAGAGAGAUUAUAAAAGAAGGAUAUUUUAAGACAGAACAAGAAGUAAGAGAUGCCUGUUCACCGAGUAGAAAGACAGACUGCUGUGUGACUGUUUGACUAUUGACCUUGGUCAGUCAUUGCUUCUCUCAUGAUCUGAAUUCUACACCAAAGCCCCCCUCUCUCUUUAGUCUAUUCUGAUGUAUCCAUGUACUGCAAUAUGGAUAAAACACUUCAUUUAUGUGACGUAGGAAACCAUCACAUGCACUCUCAAAAAUUGUGCCAAAAUACAAUUACAUCUUAGUGUUUCUGAUGCAAAUACAGCUGGUUUUCAAAGACACAGUGAAGUGUAUCUUCAGAGACUGAAUCAAUAUGUAGCAAUACCUCUUAAUGCUGAAUAUAAACACAUUCAGUGUGUCACAUAGUCAGAAAAUCUCUCACAUUGAGUAAAAAAGCUAUUAUCAUAAAUGUUCCAGUGCAUUUUGGUACAUAACUCUGACAAUAAGUAAUAAUGAAGUGAGCAUGAACCAAAAGAAUACACUCACCUUAUUAGAAAACUGUGUCUUAUAGCAAUACAGCAGAUUAUUAGAGGAAAUCAAUAUUUUAGAGUUUUCUAAAGAGAGUUUUCUUUUUGAGGUAAUAGACUUCUAGUUUGGAUACCCACUGAUGUGUUGAGAAUGUAACAUAUAAGUGCUGGUGAUUCAGGGAUAAAGGAGAAAAAUAAGCAGCAUUUCUGAGAAUCUUACUGCUGAAUGGACUCUGACAUUUAAGCUUUUGCUCAUCACAGGACAACACAACCGUGUACCUUCCAAAUGACACAUGCACAGAGGCAUGGAUAUAAACAACACAUGCAUUAUCAUGUCUGUCCUUUACACAAUAAUAAUAAUAAUAAUAAUAAAUAAGCAAUGCCUUAUAUAAGACAAUUCUUUGAUUGGUUUAGCUCUUAUGUAAUGGUCAACCUAAGGUAUAGUACCAUAAUCUUACAAAUUGAUUUCGAUUUUGCUGAAAACCCUCUCAGCAAGCAUGUAUAGCACUGAGAGACCACGAGAUGUUGUAAUCUAAGAUGAUUCUGACCCAUUAAACAAAGUUACAUUCCCAGAGAGAGUGAGAAAAUAGAGAGGAAGAAAUGUUGAACAGAGAUGUAAAUCUAGACCUUUGAUUAAUCAUGGGCAAAAAGUGUGAGCACCUGUGCUCUUAAUCAUAGGCAUUAUGAGAUUAGAAAAAGCUAUAAAAUAAGACUAGACUGAUAUUUGGCAUGGUAAGCUUUAAGCUUGAGAGUGAAAAAGAUAAAAUGUGAGAUUUUAAAAAGUUUCUCUUGAACAUCUUGCACCACUUGCAUAAGAAACAUUCCCCAUUUCUCUCUAUAUUCCCUGUAAAAGUAUCAGUUAUUCUCCUUGAAUCCUGACCUCUAGUGUUAAAACAACCUACCUUCGGUAAUCCUGUUUGUCAUUGGACAUCUCUCAGUAUUUACUGUAACAAUAUUGAAGUAUUUUACUUUUAAUUUGUGAUUGCUCACACCUGGGUGGGACAUGUUGACAAGUUAUGUUCUGUGCUGUUUAAAUAUUGUUUUUGAUUUUUUUUUCCUAAUCAUGAAUGUAUAAUGUGUAGAUUUUUAUAUAACACAUAAAAUAUCCAUUGUCAAUUGAUUUUGUCAAACAGAUAAGCUAAAUUUGUAAACUGCAAUAUGUAAAAACUAAAGUAAAUAAGAGACAUGUUUAUUGGAAGGAUGGUGUGGGUUUAAUCAGGGUAUGCUAUACACUGAAAUCUUGGUCAUUUCAAGCUGAUUGCCAAAUAAAGAGAUAUAUUGA